AGAGAAAAGAGUGAGAGAGAGAGAGAGAGAGGGGGUGGGUGGGAGGAAGACAGGCUUGGCAGAAGGAAAUAGAAGAAAUUAAGAGAAACAGAACUAAACUGAAAGAUAACGGACACCAAUAGGACAAAGAAGAAACAUCAAAAUAAUAAAAGGAAGAAGAAGAAGCAGAAGAAGAAGAAGAAGAAAGAAGAAGAAGAAGGAAGAAAGCAUUUGAUCCUUUACUUUGAUUAUCCUUUGGCGAGUCGAGAAGGACGGAGCAACAACGAACGAGAGCAACCACGAGCGAGUCGUCGAGGAGGAAACGGGACAUGCUGGAACCACGCUGGAGACCCGUCCAGGGACAUAUCGGUGAUAAUCCGUUCGACAACGGUUCUUGGGGAAAGGAACAUUUUCAACCAUCGACGGUACCCUGGCAGCUAAAUCCACGCGGCCACUCUCGACCCAGUGACGAUGGCAUGAUGGAUCAUGACACUGACGGAGACGGUGCGAUCAACUUGUCGACGUCGCAACGACCCUCCGCUGCUACAACCCCCAAUGGUGACAUUCCCGGUUACGGUCAGGAUCAACAGGACAACGAUCAGGCUACUUCGCUAUUUGCAGCGUUGAAGCAGCAACAACAGUCGCGCGAAAACGUAUCAUCUUCGUCGCGGGAUCGGGAGAGCCGUUCAGAAAGAGAACGUCACUCGAUACGUGCUAGCCGAGAAGGAAUAGGAAGGGGUACUGGAGUUAACGAAGCCACAGGUGGUAGCGUUGUCGAUCAACAACAACAACAACAACAACAACAGCAACAACAGCAACAACAAUCACAGUCACAGCAACAACAACAGCAGCAACAGCAGCAACAGGAACUUACCAUCGAAUACCAAAGCAAUGGGAAGCUCAGUCCUGCUGGACGCACAGUGACAGCAGCACCCAUGACCCAGCAAAAGCAGCCCAUUAUCGCCCAACAUUCGCAACAACCGAGCUCGGGUGCACCUGGUCUUCAGCCCAGCCCUCAUCAAAGUCCACAGGCCCCUCAACGGGGAUCACCGCCGAAUCCUUCGCAGGGCCCACCGCCCGGAGGGCCUCCGGGUGCUCCACCAUCUCAGAAUCCUUCUCAGAUGAUGCUCAGCCCAGCGAGCGGCCUUCACCAAAUGCAACAAUUGUUGCAACAACACAUACUCAGUCCUGGCCAACUGCAGUCCUUCCUGCAGCAACAUCCCCUUUAUCUUCAACAACAACAGCAACAACAUCAUCAAGAUUCCGCGUCCGAUCAUGCGCCCACUCAAGAACGUUUUGGUUAUUUCUCAUUGAAAAGCCAGCAACAUCAGCUGGCGGAACUCGGUAGAAAACAGUUGGAACAGGCUAUGCAACAACUGCAAGAACAAUUGCAAUUGAAUUUGAUUCAACAAACUCAUCUACUUCAAACAGCCGAUAAGAAAAAAGCAUCAGGUCCUUUACAACAGUUGGCACUUCAACAGCAACAAUUGGUACAACAGUUUCAGAUCACGCAGAGACAAUAUUUGUUACAACAAGGUCUCGGUCUACAAAGUCACAAUCCUUCGUCAGGUUUACAACCAGGAGAAGGAUUACCAACAUGGAAGUCCGAAGCAUCAGAUGGUUCGGAAUCUCAUCAAAAUUCCAAUGUUCCAAAAUCUGGAGGAUUAAAUGGACUUUUAAAUUCGAUAGUUUCGGGUCGGCGAUCGGAAAUGAACGGUACGACGCCGUUAGACGAAAAACCACUCGAUGUUUCCUGCAACGAUAAAGCUCAUCCCCUUUACGGUCACGGGGUUUGCAAAUGGCCGGGCUGUGAAGUUAUUUGCGACGACUAUCAAGCAUUCCUUAAGCACUUAAACACGGAGCACACGUUAGAUGACAGAUCGACGGCACAAGCGAGGGUACAGAUGCAAGUGGUCUCGCAAUUAGAGAUUCAAUUGCAGAAGGAACGGGAUCGUCUCAAUGCCAUGAUGCAUCAUUUGCAUAUGGCAAAACAAAUGGCUUCCCCUGAACCACCUAAAUCUUCCGAGUCUUCGAAGGAAUUCGACGAUUGCUUUCAGACGGGCUCGAGUUUACCAAAGUUGAAUUUGUCGACGGCUUUAAUGAGCCAGCCACCACCGAACUUUGGUGUUUCCCAGGUUUCGCCAGUUUCAAUGUCGGCACUAGUCUCGGCAGUGAGAUCACCAGCAGGUGGACAACUGCCACCAUCCGCUGGCGGUACGGCGAUGCCACCGAUACCAAACAUGUCCAACAUGUCGGGUAUGCCACCUUUACCAAACAUGCCUGGAACUCCUGGAAGCAUGCCGAGUAUGGCUGGACCGAUACGACGACGAAUCAGUGACAAAUCGUCUUUAUCCUUAGCUGGAGGGCUGUAUGAGGAGGGCACUGUAAGGCGCAGAGUAACCAUCGAUAGAUCUGGAUUAGAUAUUAAUGAAGAAAUUCAACGAAAUAGGGAAUUCUACAAAAAUGCCGAUGUCAGACCACCCUUCACGUACGCAUCCUUAAUUCGACAGUCCAUCAUCGAAUCACCAGAUAAACAACUGACGCUCAACGAAAUUUAUAACUGGUUCCAAAACACAUUCUGCUACUUCCGGCGAAAUGCAGCUACGUGGAAGAACGCGAUUCGCACCAAUCUAUCAUUGCACAAGUGUUUUGUGCGCUAUGAGGACGACUUCGGGUCAUUCUGGAUGGUGGACGACGCCGAGUUCGUAAAGCGGCGGCAUCUGUCCCGCGGCCGCCCCAGGAAAUAUGACCAAAACCCAUCAUCCACUCCACCCCACCUCUCCGCACAGGGUGUACCAUCGAAAAGCCCAACGCUCACUCACAGUCCUACGAUGUAUGGUGAUGCUCUAAAUGCCAAUCUCCAGUAUUUCCAGGCUGCACUCGGGGAGUCUAAUAUGGGAUUUUUAAAUAACUCGAUGUGUACGUCGACAGCAACGAGCCCUGAUAAGGAACACGUUUUAUCUCACAACGAUUUAAUGUCACCACUGGAUGAACCAGGAGUGCAUAUAAAGCAGGAAGGUCAGAGCCCGGAGGGGGGUAAGCUAACGAGAUUAAUAAAACGUGAAUUGAUGGAUGCGCAAACGGAACAAGAAGCAGAGGAUGAUCAAGUUGACGAGAGAGAGUAUCCUGAAAGUCACGAACACGAUUCAGGACAGGACGAGGAUAUUGCAGAGGACCUUUCGAUGGCACCCGACAUAAUGAGCCCGGAGGAUCAGAUUGAGGCGUAGUAUCGUUCGGCUCGAGCCCGAUAGGAGGACGGUACUGUGUUAGGCUGCUGUCUCGUUCGAGUUCGAGGACGAACGAGUUUUCAAAGGAGGUGGAAGAAAAGGGUCAAAAUAGGAGGAGGAGAAGGAGGAGGAGGAGAAAGAGGAGAACAUAAAAAUCGUAAUGAAGCUGAUGAAUAUGAUCAACAACUAUUAUUAAAUGAGACAAAUGUCAAGAUGAAGAUGAAGAUGAAGAUGAAGAAAAAGGACGACACAUUUUUCGAAUCAUUCGAAAAAUUCCAUAGUACGUUUUUAACACGACCAAAAUGGAAGAAGGUACUAAGAAGAAAUCUUCUUGAAGAAGAAACUUCUAAGUUUGCUGAUGGUGGUAAUGAUGGUCGUCGUUCAAGCUCAGCUCUUCCUACGAAACCCCUCGAAUCAUCAUAUCCUAGUUGCGUUAUCUCAAAUAUGCGGCUACACUUCGAGACGUAAGAAAGUGAUAGAUGGAUGAUAAAAACGUAAACGAGAUGAACAUGAAGAUGAAGGAUUGAAGCUUGAAGAAAGAA